AUGUCCUUCAACAGCGCCUUCCAAAAACGUGCGACCAAAUCUGUUAUUCAACAAACACUAAAUAGUGUACCUACCGAACUAUCUCAGUCAUCAGGUUCAACUUGCGACCGGAAUGGCAUUAACGACAGCAAAGAUUUUAUCAAUGAAGAUAGAAUUAUCUUUGAUCCUGAGCUGGAUAAAGAAAGGAAUCGGUCGCAAGACAUAAGUGAAAAUUCAGACAUUGGUGUUAGCACAGAAUUCCUUCACAUACCAUCGGGAGAGGAAGAUGAAGAAUUGGAUAUACUGUCCUCUUGGACAUCCUCAAACUUACCCGAUAGAGCCUCACAUCAACCAACCAGUAUAGAAAGAAUAGAUGACUGGUGUAUGAACAAUACCAGCCUACAGCUUCUUAGUAACAAUGACGACUUUCCUUCUGGCAGUGGACCCACCUAUAUUAGUUGUGAGUUCAAUUAUCUUUAUCCAGUCCUAAGCUCUUUGUCUGAAUCUCAAUUACAGUUUUUAAAAGAAGUCACAAGAGACGUAUUACCAAUGUUACUAUUACAAGGUAGGAACAGCACGCCUGGAUUGCAUAGAUUUGAUAAUAUUCCUUCAAUGUUCCCUCAAAAAACGUUACAAUUUAACCACUCGCUAAAUUUAAUGAUAGAAAAUAAUUUGAAUUUAAACGACAAUUAUGAGAGUAUAUAUUUAACAGAUGAGUCUUUAGACGUCAUAUCCUCUAAUUUGCCUACUCGCUCGUAUGCUGUAAACAGGUCAACCUGGAAGAACCUUAUAAGAAACCUCAUGAAGAGAAAAUGA